UUGUUGUCAGUUCGGAUUUCAGAACCUAAGAACGCGCCUCGGUGUGCGAUAUAUAUAGUAAUAUAUAUAUGUAAUAUAUGCUGUGCGCAAAUGUACAUAGACAGUUCAAUAAAAGACAGUUACAAAAUGACAACGUUUCGAAGCCGCGAAAUUAUCGCGAUGAUUUAAUUAAAAUUAGUCGUAACUGUGUAAUCUAGUUUUCGGAGCCCGUGCGUUUGUGUGGUGUGCGUGCAUGUGCCUCUAAUCUAUCUUUUUUUCGUACCAUGGAAGCUCUUCUGCCCUCGGAAAUAGCAAGACUCGUUCUAGGAUAUCUCCAAGAACAAUGCGAGGAAGCAGGAAAAAUAUUCAUGGACACUUGUCCAUUGUUGCAAGAGUGUCGAAUAGUCAAGCAAAGGGGUGGAAGGUACAGUACAAAAGUUGGUGGAUUAAAUUUGGUUGAGAUAUUGGAUAAGUACUGUGCUGCCAAUGCUCUUGUUCAAGAAAAAUUGAGUAAAGUAGAUAGCGAGCAAGUUAAACAGUGUAAUGAUCUCUUGGAACAACUGAGAUAUCUUUUAGAAGAAACAAGAGGGAAUCGAUUCGUUGUAAAUAUUAAAGUUCCUUCGCAGAAUUCUCAAGGACCCUUAGCAAAUUCUAGUAAUUCUAAAAAAAAACAACAUAGCAGUAUUGAGAAAACCAAAAGAGGAAUACCAAGGAUAUUGAGUAAUGUUGAAUAUAAGUCAAAUCAAAAGCCUAAUAAACAAAUCUGUGAUAAUUCUGAAAUGCCACCAAUGGGUAAUUUACCAAUUCAUGUUGAGUCAACAGAAUCAACAAGUACAGGAAUAAAUAACCAUAAUGGUGUUUCAAACAAUCAUACAUUUUAUAGAAUUAAUGAAAUUAGUGUUCCAAAAAGCAAUGAAAUAUUUUACACUGGGACUGAAGAAAAUUCAAACAAAACUUCUACAAAUGUUGCUACAAGUAUAAAUGUAAAUAGUAAUACUAAGGACCAGGCAACUGUACCUGUACAAUUUAGUGAAAAUGAACAAAUUAGUAAUAAACGUACUGCAGAAACUAGUACAGAUGAAUUAAGAAUCUACUCUAGUGCUGAAGUACAAACUUUUAGCCCACCAUUGGAUCAAGAUCAAUUGGAACCAGCAUCAAAUUUAAGUUUUUUUACUAAAAAGUUAUUAAAGCGUGAAGAAUUAAUUGAAAGAAUUGCUGAGAAUGCUUGCAAAGCAAUUAAUUCUACCAAAGCUGUGCAAGAAGAUAAAAAUAUCCAUGAUAAAACAAAAGAUGAUCAUAAUGCAUCGUUGUUAACUGAAUUUGACAAUGCUAUAAAGAAUGCAGUUGAGACUACUCAUAACGAUCCAGUAUUUGAAAAAUUCCUCACAGAAAUUUUCAAUACUGGAGAUGGGGAUGUCGUCCCAACUACAUGCUCUGAGCCCAAAAAAAAACUAUCAAAUCGAGUGAAUGAUGUACAUGCAAAUUAUGAAUUUAUGGACAUUGAUAACAAUUGUGUUCCUUUUGAAUCUCAACUUUCAAAUGUAAAUGUUCCACCAGUUGAAGCAAAUAAUUUUGAAAUACCUCUGAAGCAAAGAUUACGCAGUUCUUCAAAGACUUUUAAUAUUGCAGAUGAGGAAGAGAAAGAUGCUAACAGUCGUUUGGAUGAUCAAAAUGCAGAGGCAAUCAUGAACAUAGUUAAAAUGGCUAAUAGCAAUAGGAAUAAUAAUUUGACAUCAAUGUCAAGUGAAAUAACAACAGGACCACCAGAAAAUGCAUUUUCAGAUAAUCCCCUGGAAAAUUACAACUGCAUUGAAGUUAUUCCAGCACCAGUUGCAGCGAAUUCUCAUAAUUCACCCAACAAAAAACAAACAAAAUCACGAAAGGGACCAGUAAGAAAACACAAACCAUCUAGACCAAAACCACCAGUUAAAGCUUUGUCUGAAGAAGCUGUACAAAAGCAGCGUUUAGCUGAUCAAGCGAUGGAUACAAUGCCUACAUUAAUUCUGUGCUCUGAAGAAGAAAUGUCUGUUUCCACACAGACUAAGAACAAUAGUAGCUCAUUUUUGCCCAUCGCGCCGAAAAUAGGUUUAACUACUGGGCCUGUAGUAGAAUCCGAGUCCAACCAACCAAAAUUAUUCUUCCGGACGGUAAACGUGCCUCGGCAUUUACUUAAUCCACCACUGAUGGAAAUUCAAAGUAAAAUUAUUUGUCAACCCAAACAGAAUGAAGCGAUCACUCUUUAUGCCAAUGAUGAACAAGCUCAAACCGUCGCGGCGCCCGUAACUAGCAUUAUUCCUCCCAUCACUUGCGAAGAGUCAUCCUUGAGUUUUACCGGUACCGGUUUGUCGCCCUUUUUCAAAAGCCUCAGAACGGAGCGACCAAAAACGGUCGAAGAUAAUAAUCAAGAACCGGUUGUAAUUGAAACGAUCGACGUUGAAAUAGAAGAAAUGAUGAGUACCAACAACGAAAAGAUCCAAGCGAUCGAGCCGGUAAGUGAGAUUGUUACAGAAAAUCAGCAAGUAACCGAGAAGAAAGACAGUACUGAAUCGCAACCAUCGGCAGAAAAAUACGCGCUAAGUUUGUCGACAGUCCAAGAAGUGCCCUCGAUGAUGGAGCAAUCCACAUCCGAGGUAAUUGUUACAGCUGCAACGACUGCAACGACUUCUGCAGAUUCGCAGCAAAAAAGCGGCGGCGGCAGCGACAAUAAACCCGCCGCGAGAAUCGCAGCGGAGCAGCAGCAUCAUCACUACCCGAUUGUCAAGCGCACUCCGCAGAGUAUGCGAGUCUCGCGCACCAAUCCGAAUCCGGCACGCGCGCGUCUGAGUUUGUCCACUCCGCGACGUCGCGAACGUCACGUACGAGCCCUGGACUUCGACACGCCGAAGAAGGGUUGCGGUCCCAACGGCGAGCCACGGGACAAGGACGCGUCGUCGUCGAGCGGCAGACGUUUGCACGCGGUAUGCCGAGCCGGAUUGUUCACCUCGCCACCGGAUGCCGCCUCAGCCGACAACAACAAGAGGCGCCCGGUGGUGGCAGCAACGGCGACAACGGGCCAGCGCAAGAUACGCACCCUGUCGCCGGUGCAGUACCAACGCGUGCCCGUUCCCAUCGCCACCAGAAGUCCGGCGCCGAAGCUGCAGGGCAACUGGAACAAGGUGACGGGCAUCGGCUUGAUACUUGGCGAGAGCGAGAGCUCCAUGGACAGGAGCACCGAGUACUCGCAAGGCUCCGCGAAGGAGGAGGAACAUCCGCAACAGCAACAGCAACAGCAGCAGCAGCAGCAACCAAAGCAAACGCAAGAAGCGAAAAAAUAUGAAGAGAAAAAGGAGACGGGAAAGAGCUGGGACAGCGAUCUGAGAAAAAUUAUCGGGGCCGGACUGCAGGAAGAACCGAAAAUCAAACGAAAGAGAACGAGAAAAAGAUCCAAGCCGGAUGAUACCGAUGGAGAGAGUCCGAAAAAGACCGGUAAAACUCCAAAGAAGCGCCGAGGUAAAACUCUGAGCCGCUCCAACAGCAACGUCGAAACUCAACCACAAUCGGACAACGAAUCGUCGGCAAUUACGAAAAAUUCCAACAAACCCGAUUCGGGAAUCGAAUCGAGCACCAUCGCGACCGACGACGCCGCGAACAACAAGGAAAACACGGUCAAGAAUCGCGAGGCCGAGCUGGAGAUAUUGGCCGGGCGCGUCAUCACCUAUCACUUGCCGUCGCUGGGCGACAUAGUCACGCCCUCGAAAAACGAGAUGACCGUGCCGCCGACGCCGAAGAUUCUCACCACUCCCGGCGAUCACGUGUACAGGCCCACUCAUCUCACGCGCAGCAUCCGAGGUCUCGGGGGCGUGCCGACCCCGGACUUUCCUAAGACUCCUCAGGUCAUAAUAACGCCCGAUAAGAAUCGAUCGACCGCUUAUUACGAGCCCAGCGAAGAGGCUCUGAGACGGAUCAACGAGAUCGCCAAGGAAAACCACAUCAAAAUGAGCUGUCAGGAUAAAAAACCACAGGAGGCGGAAGUGAUCGUGGAAAAUGGAAAAAACGACGAUGAAAUCGAAGGUGAAACCGAUGCAACGCCCCAGAAGACAUCGCCGAAAGAUCGUAAACUCAAAGAUGCCAGUUUUAUGAGUUCCAUCACAAGUUCGGACACGAGUCACAAUACAACAGGAUCGAACGCGAAUACUUCGAGCUCGCUUUCUGAGGACACGACCGCCAACACGUCCAAGGAGCUUUCGGCCGACGACAUCGCGAAAACCAGUCCGAAGCAAAAAUCAGCGAACGACUCUCGGAACGAGUCGCAGGAUGCAAAAGAAGACACGCAGUCACCCGAGAAGGAGGGCCAAGACGACCGUAGCGACGACUCGGACUCGGAGAGCGACGACGACGAUCGAUCCGGUAGCAAUUCCGACAGCUCCACUUCGUCUUCGACCUCGUCUUCGUCCUCGUCGUCCUCCGCGUCCAGAUCCUCAAGAAGCUCAUCCAGUCGAAGCGGUAGCGACUCCGAAAAUUCGCCGGCUAAAUCGAGAAAGGAUUCCAUUCAAGAAGACGACGAUAACGUCAUAAUACACCACGACCAGCCAGCCUCGCCCGAGAACACGUUCCCGAUAUAUCCCGAGGAAGACGAUCCGAAAGAGACACCUGCCAAAGAGGAAAAUGUCGCGGAAGCUGAGAUAUCCGAGACGCCGAGUGUCACCGUGGCCGAUAGAGCCUUGAGACGAGAUUCUUUAACAAAUCUGAAUGCAAAGAUCUCGGCGGCGAUUGUAACCACUUCCUCGAGUGGUAAGUUGGGGGAACGAUCCGUGAGCUCGCCAAAAAAAAAAUCUGAGACAAAGCCGAAUCACGCUGGUGUCACGAAGGCCAAAAUAUCCAACGUUCCUAAGAUGUCGCCAAUGUCUAACGCCAAAAUCAGCCGGCAGUUGGAGGAAAAGAGGCUGAGGGUUUUGGCGAAAUUCAAAGCUGGCAAUGCCGCACCCACCAAAGUUGUGCCACCGAAGAAGCCAGCCAACAAAGUACUCAAAGCGAGAGCAGCCUUGAACAACGUCAAGAAGGAAGCGCCGAAAAAAGCAGCCACGAAAACGAAGGCGGCGGCGAGCCCGAAGAAAAAGUCGAGCGCCGGUUCUUCUUCUCCCUCGAAAGUCGCGGCGAACGAGCGCGAGAGUGCGGCGUCGAAGGUCGAACAAGUCAAACGAGAUCUUUUCUCCGGCGACGAGGGCGAGCAGCAACAGCGCACUACUCGCUCUCAGACGAACGCCCGCAAGAGCGUCGACGCGCCGAGCGAGGAUUUGCAGGUGCUCGAGUGCUUGGAGCUCAGACCGGCCAACAAAUCCGACCUCGACGCGAGCUUUCGCAGCUCGGACAGCAACUCGAACAUCAAGGAGGAAGAGUGCGUCUACGACGAUUCGAAGCCCAUUAAAAAGCGCAAACUUCAAUGCGACGGAGUGAAACUCGACGAGGAGUACACCGUUGGAAACCCCGAUAACGAGGGAAAUAUCAGUGUCACCACGCUGAAGGUCACCCCAUUCAUUCUCUUAAACUCUCCACCUGCCGCGAAUGUUAGUCCCAAGAGAUCGCAGACAAAACCGAAGGAUAAAGGGCUACCGUUGGCUACUUCUUCGCCUAAGGUCAAAUCAACUAGCAAAUCGAAACAUAAAAAGCCUAGUAAAAAGAGCGAGAAAAGUAAAUUGUCUCCUACGAAAAAAAGUACCGAGACUAAGGACACUCCGAAACCUGAUAGUCUAAAUUUGUUAGGUAAAAACAUCUCACUUGAGGAGUUUUUGAAAAAAGUGCAUAAUGGAUGAUAUAGUUACAUGAAACGUUUGUUUAGUGUAAAAUUUGU